AAUAUAUUGCAUCAGUUCAGCAGUGCAGUUAGAAAGAACAGACCUUCUGUUUAUAGUACCUCGUCGGUAACGUAGUUGAAUACGUUCGGAUCGUGAAUUUUUUUGGAAUGUGUCUCGGCAUUUUCCGAGGAUCACCCUUAUAUCAUAUACCUCUGUUAAAUAUUUUCUAACAGUGAAAGGGCCAAAGCCGUAAGCCUACAACCAUUUAGAGAGAGAGAAAGAGAGAACGAACAAUUGAGGCAGUGCAUAAUUCUGUGUUAGGUUAGAUUGUUGGGGUUAGUGUACGAGAUAUUUUGCAAUGUACUGUAUAAGUUUCGCGUGACAUAAAUAAUUACUUACGUUGUAUCAAGUCAGAAGAAAACUGUCUUCUCAAGUUAUGAGCAAAAACUGUCGGAGCAACUCGAUGUAUUUUAAUGCUUUAGUACAAGACAGUACUGAGAUUUCAAAGUUAUAAGAGGUGACAAUCUGUCAGUCUUCAUCUGUCAAUCUUCAUAUACUUUCAGGUAAAAGAAAUAUAUAUGUGAGGAAAAGGUUGUUACUUCAGUCUUACUUCAUUUAUUACAACAGUAUAUGAACCGAUAUAAAGAGGAAUAUUUCUUGUAUUAAAUCGUGAUUGUAUUAGAUAUCAGCAUGUCUAAGACUAAGAAAGAUGUACGUAAGAGUGAGGAACACAGUAGUUUCUCUUCUUGCACGUCUUCAUCGUCAGAUGAAGAAGUGGAUGCAAGAGAUUUAAAACCAAUCAAAGAAUAUUUGUCUAAUCGUAAAGAAUUGGCACGUCAACUUUUUAAGUCUGUUAAAUCAGACAAGAUACGCAUGAUGUUGCCUCAGGUUUUGAAACAAGUAGAUUUAAAUGAAUUGGAACAAUGGUGUGUGAGUGAAUUAAGUGGUAUGUCCAAAACUCGAAUAAUAUCUAUAUUGAAUGACAAACCUAUGUUGGAAUCUUCAGACACAAGUGAAUCUGAAGACUCAGGACCUUCUUUAGAAAUAAUUUCUGAUACAGAAGAAUGGCUCACAGAUGAUGAUACAUGCAAAAAGGAAGAGGAUGGAAAGAAAAAGCUAAAAAGAAAUAAAAUAAAAGUUAAAAGUAAAGCGCAAGUCGGUAAGACAAGCGAUAUAGAUAAGUCUAACGCCAAAGGGAAAUUAGUUAGUAAGAAUGAUAAUGAUGAUAAAACUAAAGACAUUAAAAUAAAGAAGGAAGAUGGCAAAGAUAAAGAAAAGGAAGGAGAUAGUUUAUUGGAUUUAUUGGAGUUGGAGAUGCGCGCACGUGCAAUAAGAGCUUUGAUACGAAAAGAGGAAGAUAUAAUUCCAUCUGCCAAUUCGUCGCAAACGAAUAACAGUCAAACGACAGAUAAUGAUACCAAGGCAUUGCAAGAUGAUGCAAUGGCGAAAGAGGACUGUCGCAAACAACUAGAAAGAAUUAUUAACGCUAAGCAAGGUAAUAUCGGUGAAGAUGAAGACGUGGUCUUAGUAGUACAGCCUACCCCAGUUGUCGAGUUGUUAUCUAGCGAGAGUGACGAGGGAGGCCAUAAAGAUACGCGUGUAAAUCAGAAGUUGAAAAGUAAACGUGUAGCAGAAACUGAGGAAUCCGCAGGCAAUUUGAACGAAGACCCGAAAAAUUCACAACAUGUACAAAACUCGAAAGAUAAGGAAACUCAAGAAACGAUAGCAUCACACAAUAAUACAAGUACUGUGGCUAGAGCCGAUUUAAACACUAGAAGCGAAACAAAAACCAAAAUAUCAGAGAGAAAUGUAGAUAUAAAGAACAAUAUUUUGUCGAUAUCUAUUUCUGCGGAUAACGUCGCGGACAAACGAAAAAAAUCCAAGAGAAAGUUACGCGCGAAGUCGCAACUUGCUUCUUCCACCUGUAACAUCAUUCAAAACUCUUCUCAAUCCAAACGAAUGAAAAAUGUCCCAGCUACAGAACAACCGAUUGAUAUAAGAGAUGAGAAUAUUAACGAACAGUUGAGGACAAGUCCGAUUUCUAAUGAAAGCAAAGUUACCAUCGAAGAGGACAAUAGCGCGAAGGAGAAAACCGCGGAAGAAAGUAAAGUUGAGAAAGAAAGAUCGGCAGACUCAGACGAGAUAAUUGAUUUGGACGAUUAUUGCGACGUUAUGGACAUGGACAACUGUGAUGACGAUAAAAGUCAAAAUGAUAUCGUUUCACCCCAACGAGAUAAGCAAUCCGUACUUCAAGCUGCACCGAACGUGCAAACCUCAGAAUCAUCCGAAACAUGGGCGUCGCGUUAUUAUCAAACUGACGAUGUUCAGAGUGUGAUCAAAGAGUCGAAGAUUCAGUCCGAGAUCCGGAAACGUUUGAGAGAACGUCAGAGGCUAUCCAAACUGAACAAAUCGCCAAACACUAAUUCAUCUUCCCAGACGUCAGCGAAUCAGGUAACUGUUAUAUCCGAAAAAGCUCCAACAGGCUCGGUGGAGGAAUACUUGGCAUUGAAACGUGCGACGAAUGCAAAUAUUGGCACCAGUAACAGUGAUAGUGAUAAUACUGCUACACAGAAUAGUGACAAUACUGCUACACAGAAUAGUGAUAAUACUGCUACACAGAAUAGUGAUAAUACUGCUACACAGAAUAGUGAUAAUACUGCUACACAGAAUAGUGAUAAUACUGCUACACAGAAUAGUGAUAAUACUGCUACACAGAAUAGUGAUAAUACUGCUACACAGAAUAGUGAUAAUACUGCUACACAGAAUAGUGAUAAUACUGCUACACAGAAUAGUGAUAAUACUGCUACACAGAAUAGUGAUAAUACUGCUACACAGAAUAGUGAUAAUACUGCUACACAGAAUAGUGAUAAUACUGCUACACAGAAUAGUGAUAAUACUGCUACACAGAAUAGUGAUAAUACUGCUACACAGAAUAGUGAUAAUACUGCUACACAGAAUAGUGAUAAUACUGCUACACAGAAUAGUGAUAAUACUGCUACACAGAAUAGUGAUAAUACUGCUACACAGAAUAGUGAUAAUACUGCUACACAGAAUAGUGAUAAUACUGCUACACAGAAUAGUGAUAAUACUGCUACACAGAAUAGUGAUAAUACUGCUACACAGAAUAGUGAUAAUACUGCUACACAGAAUAGUGAUAAUACUGCUACACAGAAUAGUGAUAAUACUGCUACACAGAAUAGUGAUAAUACUGCUACACAGAAUAGUGAUAAUACUGCUACACAGAAUAGUGAUAAUACUGCUACACAGAAUAGUGAUAAUACUGCUACACAGAAUAGUGAUAAUACUGCUACACAGAAUAGUGAUAAUACUGCUAUACAGAAUCCUGCAGCUGUUAAUUCCGAUAAUGAUGUCAGUGCGAAAGAGAACUCGGUGCAGGAUGAAAGUAUUCCUUCAGAUCUAGAAUGCCCAGAUAGCACAGAUGUUGCUGUAGUACAGACGAUAGUGCAGACAGUCGAAACUAAUUGUUCUUCCUCCUCCUUACCCAUUGAAACUGUUGCUGUCGAAACGACGGAAGAAGUUCUCGAUACAACAAACAAUAAUGAACCGGUUUAAUCUAAAUAUAACUCAUUUUUCUCGAACAUUAAUAAAGUUAUUAAUAAAGUACAUUUUCUUGAAA